AAAAAUUUAAUUCCAACCGAACGAUAAAAGUGUGUUUGUGUGCGGAUCGUAAAAUAGUGAUGUUGAGCACAGGGUUUUUGGGGUGGACGAAAAGAGAAGCCAGGACCACAAUAAAAAGGACCCUCCUCAAUCCACGAUUGUGAACGGUGUUUUUUCACCCCUGACUGGACAAGAGGGAACUGGGAAGCAAUUCACACGAUGAGUAUUUCCAGUCACACGGGAUUAAUUGCCAGUCAACCAAAAGUAGGACACCGGAUCAUACAACAGCCAUCAUCGAGAGCAAUUACGGAUAUUUGUGCAGUUACACAGAGAGCUCCUCUCAUUCUGCGACCUUUUGCAUCAAUUUACAAUCCUUACUCCAAGAGCUGUUCCGUGCUUUGCAACCAUCCGGCCACUCCAGAAGUUAAAAAUGUUGUUAAACUCGCGAAACAAUCUUGGCGAAAUGAAGCUCUUGCGACUGGUGGAGCAUCAGAGGAGGUCUCUGUGGGAUCUGCCGGACGACGGAAGAGUGCUAGUGUUAAAAUGUCGGACUAUGAUUUGCCAGAAAAUGUACCAGAGGAAUUGUUCAGACGAUUCACGGAUACAGACUCUCGCCCAAUGACUCCCACACCAACGGUCAUCAGCACAAAGACUCGGGUCAGUGUGAGCUCCAUGAAGAAUUCCCGGAGAUGUGUGACUCCUGAACCCAAGACCAUCUGUUCCAGUGAAAAGAAGCGCCUGAUUCUGGAUCUCCGGAGAAGUCACAGUCAAGAAACCAUCUACUGGAAUGCACCUUCGGAUUUGUCUCCAGCUCCAGGUGCUUCCACUCUUACAGAUUGGACCCCUCAAACGGAAAAAGUUCAGAAGGAAACUACAACAAAUAGUGGUGGAAAUGUUCAGGUUCCUCCUACGAUUGUAACUUCAGGGAGUCCUGAACCCAAGGAAUGCCGAGUUGAGAGUCCUCCGCAAAAUUGUGCAUUUGCCCGAGAUGAACUGGAAGAUGAACCACGGAGAAGAGGCAAGAGACGCAAGAAGAAUAGAAAUCAAACGGAUACAGCCACCUUUCGUCCAAAUCAAGAUCCUGUAACUCAGGUAGCCACUCUAGUGCCAGAUUCUCCCAGUCAGAGUCAACGUCCCUCACUUGCCACAAAUGAGUCAGUUUUGAUUCCUACGAAGAAAUCUUCUCAGGAUACUCCACCACCUGACCGCAGAGAAAGCUUGAGGAAUUCCUCUUUCCUGGACGAUGAUGUCCUCAGUCUUCUGCGUCGUGGAAUUUGCGUGGAUGUCAUUGAGAAUAAUUUUGGAUCAUUGAUGAAUACGGCUCUAAGGGAAGCUAUACGGAGUCUUCCGUUCAAUGUGGAUCCACGUGAACCUGAGGUUGUACGAAAUGUUCGAGAAAGCCUAAAUCUGCCGAGUGUGAAUCACGAAAAGUGGCUCACGUUGCCACGAAAGUACACGCGCCUCGUCUCACGUUUUGAACUGCCAAUUGAUUCGACAGAACUGAGCUAUCUCACUCCAUUGGAGUACUUGAGCAAAUACGUCCACGUGUCCAAUUAUCGGAAGCAGCUCUACCAUCGAAUCUUCAUCAAGUACAUCCCAGAGAUAAAAAUUGACGAACUGGGCGAGCGGGAUGUGGAUUUUGUGCCCAGGGACCAUCAGGAGGUGGAUGAUUGGACGGUGGGUGAGGAUGUGGCAGGUGAAUAUCUCAGUCAGCGCCUCAUACCACUGUGCAGUAUUGAGGAUGCCCUGAAAACCGCGCUGCAUCCCAAUGCCAAUCCCACCAUUCUCACUGCCAUCGCCGACAAACUAGCUCUAAACACUUUUGGUGGAAUCAAUUUUCGCGCAUGGUGCGGAAUUGUGGCUUUUGCUGAACGAUUCAUCACCACAAUUCACCGUGAGACGGAUACACGGCACGAGAUUGAAGUGACGGAUUUUGAGUCACUGGAUCGCAGACUCAACGCUAUCGACGUUCAUCCGCAACUCAAGGAAAUUCUCUACAUCAUCAGGAGCUGAAGAUGCUGCGCGAAAUAGCUGGGGUCAUUUGCAUAAGAAAGCAAUGUAGUGAAACUCGAUGCUACGAGAGCCAAAAGCUGAUUCUACUACAGAAAAUCACACUGCUGUUUACAGGAAUCUUGGCAUAAAUGAAAGGAUGAUGGAAUGGGAAGAGCAAGUCAGCAAAAGAGUCAGGUUCUCACGAGGAGAAAUACUUCAACAUUUUCAUUACUAAAAACAUGCUUUUAAAUUUAAAAAAAAUUAAAAUGUAUGAAAGUAUAAAAAGUAUCAUGUGAAAUAUUACUAAUAGUGCUAUUCCGAUGAAAAAUGAACACUUA